UGGUCCCAUUGAUGUGCAAAGGGUUGUGAUGACGUAGGCGCAAAGCGUAAGCUUUAUCAGUUGGUACGAUCCCUAUAAAUAACGGAAAGUUCCUAGCAGACAUUCGAAAAGAAAAACCGAGCCCUUUGAAAGAGUUCAGUUGUAGCCGAUAGUAUCAAUUGGACGAAGCACUUCAGACUGAACAAGAUGCCAUAUUCUACAUUUCCACUGCUGUGGGUCCUGGGGCUCCUCGCGCUCUCCUCCGCGUGCUACAUCCAGAACUGUCCGCGAGGCGGGAAGCGCUCUUUUCCUGAUCUUCCACGACAGUGCAUGUCGUGUGGCCCCGGGGACAGGGGGCACUGCUUUGGCCCAAGUAUCUGCUGUGGGGAGGGGAUGGGCUGCUACGUGGGCUCCCCCGAGGCAGCUGGUUGUGUGGAGGAGAACUACCUGCCCUCCCCCUGUGAGGCUGGAGGAAGAGUGUGUGGCUCUGAGGGAAGCUGUGCUGCACCCGGAGUCUGCUGUGACUCAGAGAGUUGUGUGCUAGACCCAGACUGCCUAGAGGACAGUAAACGUCAGUCACCCAGCGAACAGAACGCUGCCUUAAUGGGUGGUUUGGCAGGUGACCUGCUGCAGAUCCUACAUGCCACCAGCAGAGGGAGACCUCAGUAACCAACCACUGGCCAUCCCUCACCUGAACACACCCAGAAUAGAGCUUAAAUUCACCAUUUCACAGGCACUACUACAAAAACAAAUCUCACACACAGCAUACACACAUUCACAGACACACAGCAGAGGUAGAGAGCAGGCUUGCUACAUAAGGGAGAACUCUAUCAGCUCUACAUGAAUGUUUACUGUGUGCUCAGUAGCCUUCAGUAAGUUGUCAUUUCUAAUGCUUCAACUCAAAUAUGCAUUGUACAAUCUACUGGGGUGGAAGGGAUGUAAAUAUGUAGUUAAUAAAUAUUUUCUUGCACUAUUAAAAUGUGUAUUUUCUAUGGCUUACUGAGA